AUGGUCAUUGAAGUUUUGCAGGAUGAAGGAGAGGCACUAGAGACAACUCAAGAAGUGAAUGAUGACAGUGUGACUGAAAGAGUGGAUGAAGAUACCUCUGAGGUACAACUACAGAUCUUAGGGGGUUUGGAUGAUUCAGAGACUAUGCAAGUAAAAGGAGAGUUCAAUAACAAGAGACUUCAUAUCCUCGUUGACACAGGAGCAUCCCAUAACUUCAUCCACCCUGCCUUGCUAAAAAAAUGCAAGUCCAAAAUUAGGGAAAUUAAGCCCUUGAAGAUUAGGUUAGCCAGUGGAGCCAUCAUGCAGACUAGAGGGCAGGUGACAACUGAAUUACAGUUAGGGAAGUAUGUAUUUUCAGGAGAAUUCUAUGUCCUACCAGUUUCAGGUUGCGAAGUGGUGCUAGGAUCAGCUUGGUUGAAAACUCUAGGAGACAUAACUUGGAAUUUUGAAACUAUGGUGAUGAAAUUCAUCAGAGAAUGGGUGAAGUAUAUGUUGCAGGGUGAAACAAAGGCUCAAGCCACUGUAAUGGGGUGUAAAACUAUGCAAAGACUUUUAAGAAAGGAGACAGAGGCAGUCAUGGUACAGUUGAGUCCUCUGGAAUUGAAAGAGGAAGUUAAGAAGACAUAUCCAGCUAUUCAAAAGUUGAUUGAUCAGUACGCAGCCAUUUUUCAAUCUCCUACUUCACUUCCCCCAAAAAGAACACAUGAUCACAGGAUAGAGUUGCUCCCUAACACAGCACCCAUUAAUGAAAGCAAAUGCAGCUUUGGUGUGAGUCAAGUGGAGUAUUUGGGACAUAUUAUCAGCUCCAAAGGAGUAGCAGUGGACCCUGCCAAGAUUGAGUGCAUUAAGAAGUGGGGAAAACCUGCCACCUUGAAAGGAUUGAGGGGGUUGUUGGGACUUACAGGUUACUAUAGGAAGUAUGUUAGGAACUUUGGCACAAUUGCCAAACCCCUAACUGACAUGCUCAAGAAAGAUAAUUUCAAGUGGACUAUUGAGUCUGAGAUAGCAUUUGAAGCACUGAAAGAAGCUCUAGUAUCUACUCCUGUGUUGGCCAUUCCAGACUUUGAGAAGGAAUUUACCAUAGAGUGUGAUGCAUCUGACAAGGGAAGUGGAGCAGUGUUGUCUCAGGAGGGACAUCCUAUUGCUUAUCUGAGUAAGGCAUUGGCACCAAGGCACACCACUCUCUCAAUUUAUGAUAAAGAGAUGAUGGCAGUAGUUUUUCCUGUUCAACAUUGGCUCCCAUAUCUUUUGGGGAGGCAUUUUCAAAUCUAUACUGAUCAUAGGACCAUUGAGCAUUUUACGAAGCAGAAGAUCAACACCCUAGCUCAACAAAAAUGGUUGAUCAAGUUAAUGGGAUAUGACUAUUCUAUUAAGUAUAGAGCUUGA